AUAUCAACAACCAGGAGCUUUGGGAGGAAAUGCUCAACUCCAAAGGAUUAACAGUGGUUGAUGUCUACCAAAACUGGUGUGGACCUUGUAAACCUGUGGUCAGUCUUUUCAGGAAAAUAAAACUUGAAGUUGGAGAUGACCUUCACUUUGCCACGGCAGAAGCAGACUCUCUUGAUAUUUUGGAGAAAUACCGGGGAAAGUGUGAACCUACCUUUCUUUUUUAUGCAGGUGGAGAAUUAGUGGCUGUGGUAAGAGGAGCAAAUGGACCAUUACUGCACAAAACUAUUCUAGAUCAGCUGGAUGCAGAGAAUAAGGUUUUGGAACAAGGCAUUGAACGGAAAGUGAUUAAAGAUGCAGCUCUUUCCAUUGAAGAAGAAAGUGUUUCCCAAGAUCAGGAGUAUGGAGAGGAAGAUGAAGUAGUGUUACUUGAAAAAUCCUGCACACUGGCAAUUAUAAAACCAGAUGCUGUGGCCCAUGGGAAGGUGGACGACAUCAUCCUGAAGGUUCAGGAAGCUGGGUUUGAAAUUUUAACUAAUGAAGAACGAAUCAUGACAGAGGCUGAAACAAGAUAUCUAUACCAAAAAAGAUCUGAAGAGGAAAUAUUUGAAAAGCUAGUUCAGCACAUGUCCGAUGGACCAUGCCGGUUACUCAUAAUCUCAUGGCCUGAAAAUGAUAAAGACGUAGUUGCUGCCUGGAGAGACUUCAUUGGUCCAAGUGAUAUUGAAGUUGCCAAGAGGGAAAAUCCUGAAAGUCUCCGGGCUCAGUAUGGCACAAUAAUGCCAUUUAAUGCUGUCCAUGGCAGUGAAAACAGAGAACAAGCAAACAGAGAGAUUGAAUUUUUUUUCCCAAAUUUUAAAAUUUCAGGUAAGGAUACAGAUUCAGUAUAAAGUAAUUAAUUGCAGAAAACUUUUGCCUUUAGUCAAUGUGAAAGAGAAAGCAGGUGUUCUAAUAUUAAAUAUCUAGUAACUAAUUUAAGUAUAGGAAGGAAGGAAUGGA